AUGUCGAUGGGAUCCGAAGAAAAAUGCAGCGCGCUAAAUGGAAAGUAUGAGCUCGGCCGACUUUUAGGCCAUGGUACGUUUGCAAAAGUGUACCAUGCGCGCAACUUGCAGACCGGCAGGAGCGUGGCCAUGAAAGUGGUUGGCAAAGAAAAAGUGUUGCGGGUAGGCAUGAUGGAGCAAGUGAAGCGCGAAAUCUCCGUCAUGAAAAUGAUGAAGCACCCCAACAUCGUAGAGCUCCACGAAGUCAUGGCUAGCAAGACCAAGAUAUAUUUCUCCAUGGAGUUAGUCCGUGGUGGUGAAUUGUUCGCGAAAAUCGCCAAGGGCCGGCUACGCGAAGAUGUCGCUAGGAACUACUUCCAGCAGUUGAUAUCGGCUAUCGAUUUCUGCCAUAGCCGGGGCGUCUAUCACCGGGAUUUGAAGCCUGAAAAUCUGUUGCUAGAUGAAGAAGGGAAUCUAAAAGUCACGGAUUUCGGGCUAAGCACAUUUUCGGACCAUCUUAGGCAAGAUGGUUUGCUGCACACAACUUGUGGCACACCGGCCUAUGUCGCCCCUGAGGUGAUUGGGAAAAAGGGAUAUGAUGGUGCCAAGGCAGAUAUUUGGUCUUGCGGGGUGAUUCUUUUUGUGUUAUUGGCAGGUUAUUUGCCAUUCCAAGAUGAUAACAUAGUUUCUAUGUACAGGAAAAUUUACAAGGGGGAUUUCAAGUGCCCUCCUUGGUUUUCACCCGAGGCUAGAAAAUUGAUCGCCAAAAUGUUGGAUCCAAGAACAAGUACGAGGAUAAGUAUAGCAAAGAUUAUGGAGUCAUCUUGGUUCAGAAAGUCAAUACCAAAGAGUUUAAGGACUAAAGAAGAGCAAGCUGAAGAUGAAGUGAAUGUUGGGAAGGGAAAGGAAACAGAGACUAUGAAUGCUUUCCAUAUAAUUUCGUUGUCUGAAGGCUUCAAUUUGUCUGGUCUUUUCGAAGAGAAGAAGGUGGAGAAAGAGGAAUUGCGAUUCGCCACAACAAAGCCUGCCGGUAGUGUGAUUUCAAAGCUCGAGGAAGUUGCGAAAACAGGGAAUUUUAGCAUAAAGAAGAGUGAUUCCAGUGUUCGAUUGCAGGGGCUAGAAAGGGGGAGAAAAGGGAAGCUUGGAAUCGCCGCGGAUAUUUUCGCGGUGACCCCUUCAUUCUUGGUUGUGGAGGUGAAGAAGUCGAGUGGCGAUACAUUGGAAUACAAUCAAUUUUGCAGCAACAAGCUCAAACCCGCGCUUAAAGAUAUUGUUUGGACAUCAACCACGGGGAGUUCAGUGCCAGCGUAA